UCAAAUUUGCGUCCGCGUCGAUUUCACGCGCCGCUCCCCCCAAAUCGAGUCCCACUCCGACUCCUCCCCCAGGCGCAUAAAUACAAAUCCCCAAAUCCCCAAAUCCCAAUCGAGACCAAACCCUAACCCUAGCAAUCCACAGCGAGAGAUCGAGAGAGAGGCAUGGCGCGCGCCAAGGGCAGGAAGCGCGCGGCCGCGGCGGCCGGCGACAGCCAGGCGGAGGCGGCGGCGAACGGCGGCCGGCCGAAGCGCGCCAAGGCGCCCCCCAAGCCCAAGCCGGAGCCGGAGUACGUCCACGAGCCGAGGAAUCUGGAGGAUCUUUGGCUGUCGGCUUUUCCUAUAGGGACUGAGUGGGAAAAUAUUGAUAAGAUUAAGGAGUUCAACUGGAACUUUGAAAAUUUAGAGAAAGCUCUAGAAGAAGGGGGCAAGCUGUAUGGGAAGACGGUCUAUGUAUUUGGUAGCACUGAGCCUCAACUGUUGAAUGUUGACGGUGAAUCGAAGAUAGUACUUAUUCCAGUUGUAGUUGCGGUUGAUUGCCCCUUCCCUCCAUCAGAUAAAAUUGGUAUAAAUUCUGUCCAAAGGGAAAAUGAAGAAAUAGUACCAAUGAGGGCGAUGAAAAUGGCUUGGGUGCCCUAUGUUCCACUAGAGGACCGGCUCAGCAGAAUUGACAGUUUGAAAACAAAAAUAUUCACUCUUGGCUGCACUCAGCGAAGGUCUGCCCUGAAGCAUCUCAAAGAAGAAAGAGUGAAGAAGUUUGACUACUGCAUGCCUUAUUAUAUGCCACUUAGUCCUCCUGAAGAUGAAGAUGACACAGUUGUCAAUAUCAUGUAUCCUCUAGAACCCCCGAUAGUAUGCGACUUCGACUGGGAAAUGGAUGAUAUGGAGGAUUUUAUUGAUGAGAAAGUCAAAGACGAGGUCUUGCCGGAGGAUGAGAAGGAAAAAUUCAAGGACUUCAUAAAGGAGAGAGUUAGAGAAAGGAAGAGAGAGCUGAAGCAGGCUAAAGAAGCCAGAAAGAAAGCUAUUGAUGAUAUGGAUCCAAAGUUGAAAGAGGCAUUUGAAAAUAUCCGGUUUUACAAAUUUUAUCCUGUAAAAACCGAUGACACUCCUGAUGUGAGCCAAGUACAGGCGAAGUACAUUAAUAGAUACUACCGCCAUGCGCAUGAACUGCUGUGAUGUCCAACUUCACAAUUUGCUGUGCGCAAUAUCAAGCUAUCCAUCCAAGCUACGGGUGGAAAUUUUGGAAGACUGGAGAUGUGCCUGCUUGGUAGGCAUACUCAAUUCGGGGCUUGUAUUGGGCCAAUGGAUAACUUCGUUGCGUCUGAACGCUAUUGUAGUACAGUUUCACCCAUGCUCCUGAGUAUCUCCUCCUUCGGCAUUCUAUUUCUCUUUGUACUGCGAUAUGUAACAUUAUGGGAGAUAGUUGUAGCGGCCAGAAAGUAGAUCCUGUAAGAGCAGAAGAAUUGUUCUAGGAACAGUUUGUUCCCUUUCUCACCCAGUACAGCUCUGGCUUCCAUUAUUGUUUAGCUUACCCUGUGUAUUUUGAUCGGAUCCCUAUAUAUUUUGAUGCUCAUGCGCGUUGUGUAAAA